GUAUGCAGUAAAGUGGAAGACGGUAGAAAGUAAGUCCCGCUUAGCUCAGUCUUAAUUUUCAGAAAUCAUCUAUUUCAUUUAUUUGAGCUUCUACACGAAGUUGCUAGACCGCCUUCACAAACUGACUCUUGCCGUUGAGGGUAUCGAAGCAGCCUUCGGAGCCGAAAGAGAAAAGCGCGAAGCGGAGAAGCGGUCACUAGAAGAAAAAAUGGCUGCUAUCAAGAGAGCCAGUGAGGCCAGGGAAGCGCUGGCUGAUUUUUCUAUAGGGGGUGGUGCGCCAGUACCUCUUCCAGGUUUACCUCCAGCAAACAGAGGUGGUCGGCCCCGACUUGGUGAUUACAUGGAUUUCUAUCGGAACAAAAUGGCUGCAGGAGGCACUAACCCAACGGGGUAUGUGCCUCCGCCGCAUACGGGCCCCUAUCAACAACUCCCUGCGGUUGCUGGGGCUGCCCCAUAUUAUGGAGUUCACCCAGGACAGGCAACCCAGAUCCAAACUGGUCAUCCCGGCGGUUAUAUCGCACCACCAUCGCCAGCUCCUAGUAGUAUUCCAGACUCAUCCACAUAUCCGUACCAGCAUUUCCCGGAAGAGCAUGGUCGACCAUCUCCCAUGCUUCAACAGCACCCCUACUCACAAGUCUCACCAAUGCCUGCUACGUCCUACGCUGCUCAGGCAAUAGCUCACAAUCCAGCGUUGGGGCUGCCAGCGCACUUACAAGGAGCGCAAGCCCCCAAACUGCAAACAAUCACGCCUCCGCCGCAGAGUUACGCGCCACAACCUCAACUACCACAGAGCAACCAUACACAUGUCCCAGUAUCGGGACAGUAUCCGCCUGGGCAGUUUCAGCAGUAUCCUGGAUCAGGUGUGCCGACGCCUGCAGUAGCGACACCAAUUUCAUCUGUAAAUGCUCCUGCUCCUGUACCAUCGGGCCAGUGGAAUACUUCGCAACAGGUAAGCGUUAAAGCCGAAACUUCCUAG